CAGGUUAAACUGCAUCAGUAUUACAGAUGAAGGUUGUGCUGCUCUGGCAUCAGCGUUUAAUUCAAAACCUCAGAGUGCUGGAUCUGAGCAGGAAUCAAAUAGGAGACUCUGGAGUGACAGAAAUCUCCAGUCUGCUGAGAAAUUCACAGACACUACAGAUACUCAGUCUGAAGAACAACUGUAUCACAGAAGGAGGGUGUCAUGUUCUGGCUGCAGCUCUAAAUUCAAACCCUUCAAAUCUGACAGAGCUGGAUCUGAGUGAGAAUAAACUAGGAAACACAGGAAUGAAGAUCAUCUUGGCUCUGUUUGAAAAUGGACAGUGUAGACUGGAAAAGCUGAAGUUAAACUGCAUCAGUGUUACAGAUGAAGGUUGUGCUGCUCUGGCAUCAGCGUUUAAUUCAAACCUCAGAGAGCUGGAUCUGAGCAGGAAUCAAAUAGGAGACUCUGGAGUGACAGAAAUCUCCAGUGUGCUGAGAAAUUCACAGACACUACAGACACUCCGGUCUGAAUUUGGUUAAUCUAAACAUGAAUCAAUGUAAAGCUCCAGCUGGUC